GGAAAGCAGCUUGGGAAUCCCAACACUGCGUAAUGUCAUGUCGAGUCCUUAGCAUUUAUACUUCCUUGGGAUUGCUCUGUUUCACCACUCAGUCAGGGCUUUGCAGUUUACCAAGCAUUCUUUAUUUCACAAAGGCCAGUAAAGCAGUCGGGAGUGACAAGGAAGAGAAAAAAUCAACUAAAUCACAAAGAAGAAAAAUAGCACAGGGAUCCAGUUUGAUGCCGGCAACAAUGUGUUGUCAUGAUUUGUUGAUGAGGAAUGCCACGCUUUCUGCCUACACACCAAUGUGCGUGAGAAUGCUGCUAGGGGGCACACCGGCAGAGCUGCUAGAAACACCUUUCUCUGACUUACCCUGCUCUAUCAAUUGCAGGACUACCUGCGGCUCGGCUGUUGAUGCGGGAGGUGCUGUAGGGCCCUACUGCCUAACACUUGCUGACGAGGACACCCUUGCAAAGAAUAAGAUCGUGGAUCCUAGCAUCGGCCUCGAGAAAAGGGAGGAAUGGUAAAAUAGAAAAACUUUUCACUUUCAUUCAGUGUAUAAUAUACAUUAAAAGAGUUUAGGAUAGUGCAGGGGUGGCCAGAGUGACAUGGAGUUAGAGCCGCAGACAAAACUACGAAAGUUUAGAGUCGCUGGAACAAAGAAAGUGGGGGGGGGCUACUUUUAACAAGAAACAAUAUGGAGGAAACAGUUAUUUCCAUAGAGGACAAGUAUAAUGGGCGAUAACAACAAAUGACACUAUGCAUCAGAAGGUCCUUUCCACUGCUAAGCAAAAAUUAAUACACGAUUCACUAGCCAGUCACUGCCCCUGACAACUGUUAUGCGUAUACGGUUGAAAGU